CAUCACGUGACCGCAAUGGCGCAGCGGUUCUGGGUUCUGAGGUGUUGCUGCUGCCGCCGCUUCCAGGGGCAGCAGGCCAAGCGCAGCGGGCGGUGGAGCUGCAGCGUGUGCGGCCAGCGGCAGGCCGUGCAGAAGGUUUACGGGCAGGGCUCGGGCCUGGAGUGUAGGCGCCACGUCCAGAAGCUGAACUUGCUGCAGGGUGAAGCAGAGGAGGCGCUUGGAUGGACAUCUUGGUGUGUAGAAGACUCUGUAAAUGACAGCAAAAAUAGAGCAGCACAGCAUGAGGACAGUUCAGUCCAGCAGGAGGGAAGGACAGAAGGCAGUCGCUGGAGUAAAUAUCUGGACCAGGAGAGUGAGGAUCAGGAAGAUGAGGAGGAGGCAGCUCUGGAAAGGCAACAGUUCUGUUCCCAGAGAAAGAACACUGUGGGAGAACAAAGGAAACACCUGAAGCGCUUCCUCUCCAGUGAUGUUCCGGAGCAUGCAGAAGAAAGUGGAGUUUCUCAGCUUGUCUAUCAAGCCAAAAAAGUUAAAACCACUGAGUGCAAGAAAUACUUUGUAGCAGUGCCUGAUGGAGAUGCUGGUUCUGGAGGCAGUGUAGUUCCUGCUGUCUCUGAGACUGUAGUGCCUGAGGAGAAUACACAGCCCCCAGCUGCUUGUACCAAACCAUCCAAGUGGGGAAAAUUUCUCUCAUCAUCUGACAGCUCUAGUGAAAAUGCUGCUGCAGUGACCAUGGCACUACAGGAGGGCAGUGGAGGUGUAGGGCUGGACAACACAGCUGCUGGUGGGACCUGGAGGUGCUCAGAACAGGCUGGAAGAACUCUGCCUCAGGGUACAGGUUUUAAAUUUAAAAAGUGUGUUGCUAGUACUGAGGAUCUGGCCUCAACACUGCCCAGCAGCAUGUGCUCAGUUGAGGAUGUGCUCAGAGAAUCUCACAACCAGGUGUUAAGGGUGGGAUCUGCUGCAGAGACCACUGGAGGAAGGUGCUGCUUGGAUACCACGGGGAGGCCAAACACCCUUGUUAACUCUUACCCUAGACCAAAGCUGAGCAACAUUUCUUGUGAGCAACUCUUCUGCACAGGUGAGGAGUUUGAUGAUGAUAUCUGAAUUUCAGGCAUCUUUGGCAUGUCUUUCUUGGUUCUAAUGUAUUUGACAUGUUGUUUACUGAGACAGUUUUGAACUAAAGGUGGUUUCACUCAAAGCCAUAGAGAACUGCACUAUUAAAGUUGUUUACUUGCUUGAUGGUUGUAGGGGGGGCAAGGAAAGGAAGGAGAGACUCUUGCUCUCAGGUUACAGGGUUGUCUAGCAACCUCAGCAGCUAGAAAUAGGAAUUAGGUCAGCUCCCAGGCUUUAGGGAUUCCUGGCCUGUACAAUUAAAAUCUGUGAUUAACUCCACCUUACAAACUACAGCUCUUUUUCCCCGAACUACAUCUCUGUUGAAAUCUCCCAUAGCAACCCUUUCCUCCAGAGCUGUAAGCAAGCUCCAGAGCCAGCAAAGCAGUGGAUUUCUCUUCCUAAGUGUACACCAAAGUAUGUGCAGCAAGCAGUCCUGGGCUGCUUUGUGUUUUCAGCCUCAUCCAUAAAUAAUGUAGCUGUGAUACUGAAAUGUUCCACAGACACAUGACAUGCAGUAGUAUUUAUUUUUCCUCCAUUCUACAAGCACUUAAGAACAUGAGACAGAAACCCAGAGUAGGAAGAAUGAUGAACCACAAGAGCUCAUGCUGCCUUAUCUGCUUUCAGCUAGAAAAGUGCUUUUUGUUACUACUACAAGUGAGGUGGCUGCUUAGAAUACUGGAUGGCAUCUAGUGCUGCCCCAAUGUCGCAGUUCUUGGUCUGCAGGAGCCGAGUGAGCCAUCCACCCUCAUCAGAGAAGCCCAUGGAGAGCAUCUGGGACAGAGACUCGAUGAGGCGAGGGUCAGCUUCUGUGGGAAGAACAGAGUUCAGCUAUUUCACGUAACUGAAAAACCAGGCAAGGCUUUAGUAGCACUCUUCGAGAGGAGACAUGCUCUUCUUUGUCUCCCAGGAGUGCAGAUGUUUGACAUAAACAAUACACAAUCAGAGCUAAGGAAAGUGCUUAGUCAGGCUCAGCUGGCCUUGCUGUGGGACUCAGUGCUGCUGAUGUCAGUUGAGGGACCUUGGAUACUGUUACUGGCUCCCACAGCAAAGCGCUGCCCUAUAGCCACAGGAUGUACUGGUCCACAUCCUGCAUUAAAAGGCUCUCUUGAGCAGUACACAGCAAGGACAUGAUUGAGGACAGCACCUAUUUUGUGCUGCUCAAAUGGCAUAUUAGCUCAAGGUCAGACAUCUGGUUAAGACUUAGCAGCCCACAUUCAAGAGAGGAACCACCUGAUCAUCUCCAACAGGGUGCAAGGGCUGCCAAACCUGCCCAAGUCAGGGACUGGUUUAGCACUAUCUUACACAACCUUCGUUUCUACCACCUCUAAAACAAGUCUGCUUGUGUCAGGCCAAGUUGGCAGUUCCCAAUCCAGAGUUACUCUUAGCUAUGAAAGCUGCUCCCACUCUCCUACCUGGGGGCAGGUGUGGGUAGAGAGCAGCUUCUCGCAGUCCUGUAGGUCCUGGCUGGGGAGGAUCCCGAGGCACAUCCAGGGAGCUGGGACCGUCUGUGUCUGGCAUCUGCAGAGACUGCAGUUCACCUGUGGAAGGAUCCACUUCUUUGGAUGAUAAGUGGGUCCAGUCGUCCUCACCCCCUGAUGAACUGCUAGACUCACUGUGUUCCUAAAAUGGAAUAAAAAGGACCCAGGUGCUGCAGUGCUUUCCAGGCAGUAUGCACACUCCUACUAUUUGCCUUUAAUAUAAAGAAUUACAUCCACAAGAAGUCCCACCACCUUUGCUGUAAAUCUAUAAAGAUGCUGUAUAUCACUUAAUCUGCUCUCAUCUUAAUAUUCUCUCCCACAGUACAUGCUAAGUGAUUGUAUUCAAUUACUGUUGUUCCUGUACCUGGGAGUGGAAGCUGCCAUCUUCCAUUUGUGUGGGCACAGGAUCUACCACCAUGUCUUGCAUCUGUUCUGCAAUGGUAUUUACUUGUGCAGCAGACUCUGUGUUAUUCCAGUCUGCUUUGGUCUGAACAUUCUGGGUUGGAGCACUGCUGGUUGCCUCAGCAUUGGUCUUCUCUUGGUUGGCAGAAGUGGGAGUCACUUUGCUUCUCUGUCCUCCGUGUUCCACAUCAAUAUCAACUUCAAUACCUAGAAAAACAUUUGAGGUGGACAAAGUCUUAAGAGGUUUUUCCAAAGCACAGUCCUAAAUGGAUCAAUCCUGCUCUACACUCAAGGUUUCUGUUAUCCUACAAUCUGCCAUGUAACAUGCAGGAAUUAAAAUGCAAAGCCUUCUUUAAUAAUGUCCACAUAAACCAGGCAAAAUCCAGA